GUAGUGACUCGAAUUAGAGUGAAGUUAGACGGGGGAAUCCCGAAACUGCCGAACGCGUUCUCGAAUUAAAAAAAAACGAAGCUGUCGUGUCUUUAUCCGGUGGUGUGGCACCCGGACGUUGACCAAGGAUAUGAAUCAGUCAACGCCCGUGAAGUGGAAGUUGAAAAUAGGGUUUGAUCCGCGGCUCACUUCGAUGGUUUCAGUCGUUUCAGUUUUUGGUUAGUGUUUCAACUGGAAGAUCCGGCGACACCGAUUGAUCUAUUAUCAGGCAAUCCGACCACGUGGUUUGUUUUUGUUAUGUUUUCUUAACUCGAAAUUCGAAAUUCGAAUGCCCAAUACCUAGGACAUCUGAUACUCAAUUUUUAAUUGAUCUUAUUGAAGCUUCGAGCUGAAUUAAUUGCUCCGAGUACAUCUUGCUAAUGAGACAUGUGCGAUCUGGUACUGAGGGAGCUGAACGAGAUUAUGAGCAGAAUUGGCGAAAAACCUGAGUACGAUUUUAUAUCGGACGAGUUUGGAACACAUCAGAACGAGUUCAAGUGCCGCGUUAGUUGCCCAAUUCUACGCAAUGGGGACUUUAAAACUGCCGAAGGCUGUGGCUUGUCAAAGAAGGCAGCAAAACAAAAGGCAGCUCAUGCCUUUAUGGAGAAGUAUUUGAGUAACUCGAAUAGUGACAAGUCUGUAGCUGUACCAUCCCAGUUUUUUCACUCUACGAAUACUUCGUGCAUUGUGAAUCUAAGCGAUCCUAUAUUACACAAUGUAUUACAGAUGCUUUGCGACGAAUUUAAACUGGCGAAACCUGAGUAUACAGAUGUAUCGGCUUCUGGUCCUUCACAUGCUCCCACUUUUACAUUCAGAUGUCAAGUUGAUGAAUUUAUAGCCGAAGACAGCGGUGGUCGUAAAUACAAAGCUAAGUUAAAAUCGUGCAAAAAAAUGAUUGCACUAUUGAUGGACGCAAACGGGUUUUAUGAGAUAUUUGAGACCGUACAAUUGACAGAAUCAGCAAACAGCAGUGAAGUCUAUUGUUUCUGCAACACUUUGAAAGGACCGCAAUUACCAAAGCCAAUUGGUAUAUUUGGUAGGCGAAAACUAAGUCCCAUAUUAUCUAAACUGCCUCUUACCAGUGUCAAACUUCCCACUGAAUUACCUAUACCUAAUGGAAGUUCUUCCACAUCAAAAAUUGCAUCUAAAGCUUCCAACAAUCAUCAAAUAUUUGAGAAGAGUAGGGGAAAUUGUUUCGAUUCAAACGUGAAUACGAACUUGAUAGAUUUCGAAGAUGAUCGUCCGCAGAAAAUUGUUCCCAUGAAAACUAAAUGUAGAUCGCUCAACAAUUUAUCUGACUGUGUUGAUAACAACGCCCCAAUUCCGCGCCUAGAUGAAUUUAAAAAACAGUCAACUUAUAUAGAGGGACAAAAGGCGAUAAAAAAAAUCAACAACACCUUGCAAAGCGUAGAAGAACAGCUGCGUUGUGAAAUUUGCAAUACUUUACCAAACCCUGAUAUCACUUUCAAAGACACUGUAGAAUUUUCGUCUUGCUCGUACACAAUAUCUAUUAGCUCCAGUUCUUCUCUUAUGAAAUUUAGUACCAAAUCCGGCUCUGGGUGUACCGAUCCAAGUAUCAGAAUCGGUUGCUUAGUCAAACUGCUGCAGAAACUGAUGAAACAUGUGGAAAAAAACAUUGAAGAACUUUAAUAGGUAUCUAAGUAAAUAUCAGUGACAGUGUUGAUCCAUUAUCAGUACUUUUUCUAAUGCUUUUGUCUAUAAAGGAAGGUACUAUCGUUAUUAUUUUUAUUUGAUUUCCAGUGAACUAAUAAUAUUCAACGUAGACAGGCAUUCAUCUGUUUAAUUAUAUGAUACAGUACAAAUUAUAGGUCGUAUUUGUACUAAUUCUUGCGUUUUUUUUCGGCCCUUAUGAUAAUGCUUCAUUGUGAUACUAAA